AUGACUCGCAUUGCUUUCCUGUGCCUGCUGGGACUCGUACACGGUGCGAUCGCUGCUCGAGUCUUAGUCGCAUCAGACGGCGCGCCAUCCCAUGGGCGCUUCCUCGAGUCGCUGCGAGACGCAGGCUACGAGGUGGAUACGGGUACUGCGCAGACCGCUGCGGCCAAGCUGCGGGACGAGGGCGGGCGUUUCGACCAUCUCAUCGUGUUCGCCUCCCCACACAAGCAAACGCCGACUGAACUCUCGCCGCAAGCACUGGCGCGCCGCCUUGACGCUGGCGCCAACCUGCUCCUCAUCACUUCCCCCGAGUCGGCGGAGAUCUGGCGAGAUUUCGCGCGCGAGUUCGGCGUCGACUUUGACGACCGUGGAUCCUUCGCCGUCGAUCAUUUCAGCUACGCGACAGAGGACGACGACGGCACGCACACCUUGCUCGCCAUUCCGCCCGCCAGCGCACCUCUGCCUUUCGUCUCUGCCGCGACUCGGGCAGGCCCACCGAUUGCGUACCGCGGCGCUGCGCACUCUACGAGUCGCAACCCCCUUCUCACUACCGUUCUUCACGCCUCGUCGACCACUUUCGGCGCGACUCUCGACGGAGUUGUCUCGUCCGAUGACGACAAGCUCGCAGGCAGCGCAACGAGCUUGGUGAGCUCGUUCCAAGCUCGCAACAACGCUCGCGUCAGCUUUGUCGGAUCUUUCGACCUCUUCUCCGAUCGAUACUUCGCCGAGGGCGCGUCGACAAGGUUCGGCAACGCUGCUUUUGCGCGCGAUCUCGUCGACUGGACGUUCCAGAAGACGGGCCUGCUCGUCAAGCGCUCCUCGCAAGUGGUGGUUCCGGGCGAUCAAACUUCCCGGUCGUCAUACCAGGUUGGGACGCAGUUGGUCUACUCCCUCGAGGUGGCCUCUUCCGAGCCGUACCAGUCGAACGACCUGCAGCUGGAAUUCGGCAUGCUCGACCCGCACGUCCGCACCGGGCUGCUUGCGACCGAGGUCGACCAGUCCAGCAACGUCACAAGGUACAGCACCCAGUUCAAGGUCCCUGACCGCCACGGCGUUUUCACCCUCCGAGUGGAUCAUCGACGACCUGGGUGGACCCGCAUCCUGGAUGAAGUCGUCAUGUCGGUGACGCCACCUCGUCACGACGAGUACGACCGCUUCAUCGGGGGAGCUCUGCCGUUCUACACCGGAGCGGCGAGCGUUUCGGCCGCCUUCCUCAUCUUCAUCGUGCUCUGGUCGCAGCAGGCCUAG